UAGAUUCAAUAUUUAUGGUGGUGAUACCUCAAACCAUCGUGAAUCACUUCCCAUCGAAAUGAAUCACAACUCCAAAAUGGUUCGCUCGAUGUUCAUUACAUCUGAUCGCAUGAACCAUAGAGAUUCGUUUCCUUCUCCUCCUUCCCUUUCUUCUUAUCAAAAUUCACAUGUCUCUUCAUCUUAUGUUGGAUUUAAUAAUUCACAUAUGACAAAAAGAAAUUUUGAUUCUAUUUCUCGUGCCAAUUAUUUCCCUACUAAAGAGAAAUAUCAUUUUACUCAAGUAUCUUUCACUCAAACCAUCAUAAAUAGGUAUACAACUAUUGUUCCUUCCAAUCUAUUUAACAAUGUCCACUAUGACAUUGAACGUGUCAAACGUGCCAUGGAUUCUACAAAUACUUGGAACCCUAUAUCUCAUCUUCCAAAGUUUCUUGAUAACCAAUCCGGGAUUUUGAAGCCUACCCCUCUAAAUAUCGUGUUUCCGCACCAAGAUUUUCCUGAUCGUCAACAUUUAGACAUGGUUUCCUUGUCAUCAAAGCACAACCGUGUUUCGCAAGCUGGUCGAUCCCUGAAGAAAAUUCCCAAACCAACCAAUAUUUUUGAAAAAAUUGGUUCUUAUAUAGAUUCUGAAAAAGAUGAGAAAAAUGAUGACGAUCAUUAUGAUGGUCGUACACAUAGUCUACCGUAUAAGAAAUUUGGUCCCUAUACAUGUCCUAAAUGUAAUGGUGUGUUGGACACCUCUCAAAAAUUUGCUGCACAUAUGUUAUCUCACUACAAUAGUGAGACGAACAAAGAAAGAGAUCAAAGACUGCGUGCAAGAAAUAAAAAAAGAUAUCGUAUUCAUGGAAAGUCUCAAAAGAUCAAAACAGAAGAUAUGAUCAGUAGCGGUGGAUUAAGCGAAGAUGAAACUUUUCAACAUCUUGUGAGCGUAAAAGAAUAGCUUGUUCAUGAUUUUAUUUUCUUAAUAUCUAUUUUCCAACUUAUUUUACAUAAAAAAGAAUCAAAAUUGUCUUCUAAUUCUAGU